CGACGAGCAAGCAGUCCGGAUUCUCGCAUUACUUUCGAUCACCUCCUCAAAGUAAAUCCUUUCGUCGGUGCUCCUGUCAUAUCGGUUACUACGCGGUAUAUAUAUACAUAUAUAUAUAUAUAUACAUCAGAUACAAAACAAGAAGUUAGGGCAAAAGUCUCUUAUUUCAUGAACCGUGACGAGUCUGGAGAAAGUUUCAGUUGAGCAAUAAAGCUGUUGGUCAGCCAUAAUUUCUCACAUAAGCAUUGACUACUUGCAUGUUGCUAAUACAGCCGAAGGAUGAGAUGUCAAAAUUGAUUAGAGUACGACUCAAUGAAAAUGUAACGACUCGAGAAAAUGAUUUGAAGAGCAUCAAGGAAUGGCUAAUUAAACAACCACAUUUACCUAACGUCGAUGACGAUGCAAUGUUGAUGACAUUUCUCCGUGGAUGCAAAUUUUCAUUGGAAAAAUGCAAAAAGAAACUUGACAUGUAUUUCACGAUGCGAGCAAUCGUACCGGAGUUCUUCAACAAUCGUGACGUCACACAGCCAGAAUUAAAAGAAAUACUCGAUCUAGUAAAUUUUCCACCAUUGCCAGGCUUAACAAAGGAUGGAUGUAGAGUAAUAGUAAUGCGUGGAAAAAGGAAAGAUAUGUUAACACCGAAUGUAUCAAAUCUAAUGAAACUCGUGAUGAUGAUAGGAGACGUUCGUCUCAAAGAAGAAAUUCAUGGUGUAGCCGGUGAUAUUUAUAUUUUAGAUGCGAGUGUCGCGACACCGGCACAUUUCGCCAAAUUCACUCCUACGAUCAUAAAAAAAUUCCUUGUUUGCAUUCAAGAAGCUUAUCCCGUGAAAUUGAAGCAAGUACACGUAGUGAACAUCAGUCCGUUAGUCGACACGAUUAUAAAUUUCGUUAAACCCUUCCUGAAAGAAAAGAUACGGAAUCGAAUUUUUACGCACAGUAACUUAGAAGCCAUUUACGAGUAUAUACCUAAAGAAAUUUUACCUAUCGAAUAUGGCGGCAAUGCUGGAUCUAUUCAAACAAUACACGACGCUUGGAUAAAAAAAUUAGAAGAAUAUGGUCCGUGGUUCGCUGCACAAACAUCUGUCGUAGCAAACGAAACACUUCGACCAGGCAAACCAAGGACUCACGACGAUAUUUUCGGUCUCGAUGGAUCUUUUCGACAAUUGACGAUUGAUUAAAAUCAUCCUAUGUCGAAAUUAAUAAUUGAUCACGCAAGUUAUCCGUAUUAAUAGUUGUUCAAAAAUUUUCAGUUGUAUUCGUUGCUUGACCUAAACGUAUUAAGUAAUCAUUUUUCCAAUAUUAGUUUUAGUUAGGAUAAAGAUGCAUGUCUUGCAUGUCAUAGUUCAUUUUUCUACAUCGAAUAUUCUUUUAUUUAUAUUAAUAUAAUAGAUUUUAUUAAAAUUAAACGUAUGCCACGAGAACAUAAAAAAUUUGAUUAUUUAAUUAAAACCAUAUCACAAAAUGUGCUUUAAUCAUAUGUUUAUUUCUUCAUUUUCCAAGAAAGCAAGAAAUAUCGUUCAGAGUGAUCGUUCAAUUUCAUUAUUUCCAUCAAUUACGAGUAAUCGAACCUAUAAAAAAAAAACAGAGUAGUCUGACAUCGUUGUUUUUAAAAGAUCCAGACAUUAUCAAGACAAAAUUAUCUCCCCCUUCGUGAAAGUGAAUUCGAAUGAAUUUUAGUAAAUGAAUUUAAAACGUUAUACAUUCAUAUUCAACAUAUCACGAUACUUUAAAUUCUACAUUAUUUUUCUCAUCUUUAUCAUAUCUUAAUAACGCGAGAUUAAAUGUGUAAAGGGAAUAAAAAAGACAUCUCUUUGAAAAUAAUUUAGAAGUUUGUUUUAAACAAAUCAUGUAUGUGUGUGUGUGUGUGUAUGUAUGAAAUAUUUUCUCGUACGAAAAGUCAGCUUUUACAUAGCGAGUUCUCUCCUCUCCUUCUCCCGAACACUUGUCCCCACUUCCACAUCCUUCAGCGACGAGUACGAUGGUCGUCCACUCGCGCUGGUAGUCAGUCAGAGAAGGAGUUCUCUCGCGUAUUACCUGCUACAACAUAAGGUCGUAUCGUCGAUGAAGACGCGGCAAAGAGACGAGUACGCUUCAUGCAUGCAAAUCGUUCGAUUCGAUGACUAAUAACGACCAAGAAGAACGAACGAGCGAAAGAACGACGAGAAG